CCUAGCUUUAUAAAUUCUAGUUUCAAUGUUUAACGCAGCUGUUCAGGCAUUCUUCCGAGUCUCCAUCUCUUCUUUCGUUUCAGAGUUCCGGUUUUCUUUCACGAAAUGGUUCUCCCAAACGAUAUCGAUUUGUUGAACCCUCCUGCUGAGCUCGAGAAGAAAAAGCACAAACUCAAGCGCCUCGUGCAGUCUCCCAAUUCUUUCUUCAUGGAUGUCAAGUGUCAAGGUUGCUUCAAUAUAACCACUGUGUUUAGCCACUCUCAGACUGUUGUGGUGUGCGGGAACUGCCAGACAGUAUUGUGCCAGCCGACUGGUGGGCGUGCCAGACUCACGGAGGGAUGCUCUUUCAGGAGGAAGGGUGACUAAAGGCUUGAUAUUGUCUCUUUUUUUGUUUGAAGUUUGAUAUAUUCCUAAAAUUUUGAAUUUUAAUGUGUAGUUUAUGUUGAGACUUGAGUUUUAGAUAAACGCUGUUAUAAAAUUAUGUGUUUGACAAAUUAUGUUUUUGAAUGAUAGAUUCUGUUUCGUCUAGCAAUGUGUGGCUCUAUUUUAUUUGGAGUUAAUAUAUAUUGUGAUUGCCAUUAUGUCUCUGUAA